AUGAACCGCAAGAAGCUGCAGAAGCUGACGGACUCCUUAAAUAAAAAUUGCAAGCAUUUUUUCCGAGGGUUUGAUAAAGACAACGAUGGUUGCAUAAGUGUAACAGAGUGGGUUUAUGGAUUAUCAGUGUUUCUUCGAGGAACUCUGGAAGAAAAAAUGAAAUAUUGCUUUGAAGUGUUUGACUUGAAUGGGGACAGCUUCAUCUCCAAGGAGGAGAUGUUCCACAUGCUGAAGAACAGCCUCCUGAAGCAGCCAUCUGAGGAAGACCCUGACGAAGGCAUCAAGGACUUGGUGGAGAUCACCCUGAAGAAAAUGGACCAUGAUCAUGAUGGGAAGCUGUCUUUCGCGGACUAUGAACAGGCCGUGAGGGAGGAGACCCUUCUACUGGAAGCGUUUGGGCCAUGUCUCCCUGACCCAAAGAGCCAGAAAGAAUUUGAAGCCCAAGUAUUCAAAGAUCCAAAUGAAUUCAAUGAGGUGUGAAUUCCUAAAUGUCAUCUCAAUGGGUGCUGAGGGCAUCGGACGCAGCUCGAGAAAGACGGG